AUGUUCUCCAAGCUCUCCCUCGCUGUCACCGGGGCUCUCGCCAUCCUUGCUGCCGCCACCGAGCCCGCUGGUCAAUGCGCGACCGGCAACCUGCAGUGCUGCAACAGCGUCCAGAACGCUAGCGAUCCCGCCGUCGCCACCAUACUCGGAUCGCUUGGCAUUGCAGUGGGCAGCAUCACGGGCCUGGUGGGCUUGACCUGCUCUCCCAUCAGCGUGGUUGGCGUUGGAAGCGGUGACGCCUGCAACGAAAGUCCUGUGUGCUGCACCGACAACUCUUAUGGUUCCCUCAUCUCCAUCGGCUGCGUCCCGGUCACUCUCUAA